AUGGCGAGACGACGACGUUCGAACGGUGCUAGCAAGCACAACAACCUUAUCCUCAAGCACAAUGACCUUAUCCUUAAGCCCAAACGCGUUAUCAAGAGCAGACCUGUGGACUGGGCAGAAGACGACGAGGGCGAUUUACAACCGAUCUUCGCACCAGAACGUCUGUUCACACCCGAAGAACUGGAACCCUACAGAUCGAAUCGCGCACUGUUCGAUCAUAAGAGGAGCCUGCGUAAGCUCGUUGGCCCACCGUUUCCCUUCUUCAAACUCCCAACCGAACUACGCGUCGAGAUUUACCGCUACGUUCUCGUCCAGGACUAUCCCAUCUACCUUGUCUACUACAAGACUGUCCGCAAACACCCAACCAAACUAGCGCUUAGUCUCCUGCGUACAUGCAGUGCCAUGCACGAUGAAUGCGCCCAGAUCCUCUAUGGCGAGAAUAGAUUCGUCUUUUGGAGUACGUACGACCACCUCGAACUGCUGCGGUUCCUCAAUCACAUCGGGCCUGUUAAUCGCAGAUGGUUGAAGACCUUGACCAUGACACCACCCUUGCUCCAUGAAGACGAACCGGUCUACAGCGAUGAGACUCGUCUUUACGACCUUGAGCGACCAGAGGAGUACCUGGAUUGA